AGAAGAGUACCUGGUGGGAAAUUUGACAGGCGUUGCUGCAAACAAUCGUAAAAAAAUCGGGGUUUAUGUUAUUGUUCCCAAGUUAACACGAAAUGGACAGAUAUGUGUUAGCUAUAUCCAUCUGUCAGGCGGAUAACGACGAGGAGUGCAAAUGUCUGGCCCAAGUGAAGCAGAUUUAUGACCAAAUUGUGGCAUUUUCCUCUCAAGAAUUCGCCAGAGGAAUCUCUGUGCUUCCAGCGUGUUCCCUCAGUGGAAGCCCUUCAGUUCAGAGGUGGUACUUUGCUGUUCAGGCUUGCCAUGGAGAAAUGCUGUUUUGCAGCUCAGAUUGGGAAGAGGUGGAGGCAGUCCAACAGAGAGCGAACAGUGAAGAGGAGAAGCAAACAACUUUGGAACUGUGCAUUGGUUCCGUGUGUCUUCAGGAGGGAUCUGUUCAAAAGUGCGACGAAGCAACGCUAACAGAGUUGCUCGAGGAGGCUGCAGAAGGAUUGCAUGCAUUGGCAGACAAACUUCCAUCUCCAGGUAAAGCAUUGUUAGAUGUACUGGUGUUUGGGUGUGCUGAGUGUCCUGCAUUAAAAAUCCUGCUUCCACUACUGGGAGCCCUUCGACACAUGAGCUGCUGGCACUCUGCUAAGACCACUGUCGUCAGUCAUUAUGCUACAGGGUGGCAAAAAACUGCAUCUUACCUGAAUGCUGGUCUAUUGGAGUCCACUGAGUUAACCAGCUGUAUCAAUGCAAGUGAACUUUGGAGAGGGGGCAUGGUGAUCAGAGAGAAGAAGAAUGUAUCAGAGCUUCAUUUCAAUGGCUUUUCUUUGCGUGCUCCAGUAUAUAGAUCCAAUCUCAUGGAAGAGCCAUGCUUUACUGCAGACCACCAACUACACUCUGAGGUCUUUCAUUACUACGCACCAGUUUUAGACCUGCUUCAUCUGAUUACUUUGUCAGACCUGCCAUGCUUCCUGAUGUCCAACACACACUUUGAGCUAGCACUUUCUGGGAAGUCAGUCAACUCUAAACUUCUUUUGGAGCAGCUCAAGUCAUUGCGUGGAACGGUCGGGGCUUUAUUCAGCCUUUCCUGCGUCGUCACUUCCAUCGCACAGCCAUCAGCAAGCCAAAUCAGCUCCCAGCGCUGGAGAGAAUCUCUCGCCAGAAGACCCAAGUCCUUGCCCACACCUGACAUCGAGGUUAAGGGAGAGAGUGCUCACUACUUCCUGUUGGUCCAGGGCUCAGGCAAUAUCGAGGAUGGAGUCUGCACAGUCAGGGUCUUGCACUCUGACAGUCAAAUUAAUGGCGUGCCCGCCAUGGCAACAUUCUCGGGGCUGUCUGAACCGAAGCUGCUGUCAUCAUCAGGAGGCAUUCGAAGCGACAUCCUCUCUCUGCCUUGUCUCCAAGGAGACGGUCUUCUGAGAAGAGAGCGGAAGGUGGCUGAGGUCCAAGCACUAGUGGUUAAAGAAUACUCCAGACAGAAAAAAUCCUCUUUAAUAUCACCCAAUGACUUGAAGGCCAUUCUGAGCAUGGCUAGGGAGCAAUACUUGAAGAUGACUGACUCCAUGCUUCCCCGGGCCUCUUCUCUGAUUGACACUGUGGACACUAAGCACCCAGUAGAAACAACAUCACACGCUCAAUCUGUAUGGCCAGAGCAGAGCGUCCUCCACAAUAUUGAGAACAUGCAAAAAAGACGACAGGGAAGAAGACUUAGUUUAUGUUCUGGCUCCAGUGAUAGCCUGCUGGGUCCUAAAGACUGUCCGAAAGGUUCUUCUACCUUACUGGAUGCCAAAGAACUUUUAAAACACUUCACUCUCGAUGGCAAGCCCACCAGUGAGCUGCAACCUCUGGCUCUUAUUAGAGGUCCUAAUGUGUUCCAGUUGUCGUCAGACUUGUGUCCUGGGAGUGUUAGUGAGAUGUCCUUCAAAAAGGCCACGACCUCCCAUUAUCACGGCAUAGACUUCUGCCUAGAUAACCAGCACUCUUUGGAGCGAGAUAAGGCUUUUGUGCGGCUCCAGUCCCGUCUCAUUCGCUACGAGACGCAAACCACCUGCUCCAGGGAGCCGUGUGUCCUACCGUUUGCCACCAGCCCCGCCCCUUCUCCCGCGGUGAUGUCCGAACCGGGAAGUGUACCCGAUGGGGAGACUCUGCAGAACGCUGAUGUAGCCCGACUCAAACGCAGGUCCUGGGAAACUGAUGUUGGGAGUUAUCCCCGCAAGCGGCAGGCCAAGUCAGAGAGCAGCGACUUGGUCUGUUCUCAGAGCAAUGGGAGUAAUGGGACUCAGCUUACCAUCAAGUCGCAACGGCAGCAGCCCAGCAGAUCACACUCGGUCUCCUCUUCCACUCCCUCGUCCUCUUCUGCUUCGAGAACAUCAUCUGGUUUACUGAAGCAGUCUUCAGCCGACAAACUUAAAGCCCUGGAGCAGAAGACUGAUCACAAACAAACAAAAGACGAUAAAAAUGCCAAGGAAUCGCGCUCCCAGAAACACAAUAGGAUGCUGCAGGAGGUAGUUGUUAAAACGCUCAAACAGCACGGGAUCAGUGCCGAGCAUAAAUGCUUUGAGGCUUGCAGCAAGAGACUGUUUGAUAUCUCCAAAUUCUUUCUCAAGGAUCUGAAGACAUCUCGAGGUCUCCAUGAUGAAAUGAAAAAGGCAGCUGGCAGCAAUGCUAAACAGGUCAUUGACUGGGUGCUGGAGAAGACUUUAACGAAAUCAUGAUUUUCAAUCAAAAGCGUAUUGAGUCCUAUUUUAAUAUGUCCAUGUUUUACCUAGGCAUGUUUUGCUAGUUUGUUGGAAAUUAUUUUAAGUCAAUUUUAAUUUGCUCUUUAAAUCAGUCUUUUAUUUUAAAUAGUCAAAUAUAUAUUUUUUAAUUGUAAAUGUUUUUAUUUAAUGUUUUACUUUAUGUAGAAUAAUAAAUGUGUUUUUAAUUAAUAUCCUGUUGUAUUCCUGUACGCAACCACUCAAUAUUAAUUAAAAAUAAUUAUUGUAAAUACUGCUGAACAACACUUGUACUCCAUAAACAACAGAUUCAAAUAAAGAUCAGUAAGUAUGGCGUAACUAAA